AUGAAGCGUGGGCCCUACCAACGUGGAAGUAGUAGUGCCAAUACGCCUCUUUCUACGAAUACGAGUCCUCCUGCGACUACCACUGUUAGUACGAGCACCACGGCUCUCACACCGCCGGCCUCCAACUCCUCACCCAUUCUUCAAUGCCCGGAGUGUUUUAACGUAUUUCUCACCUGGACAAAGUUCACCCAACACUUAGAGACCACACAACACUACUCUGCACGUUGUGUGGAGUGUCGUGAGUUGCUGAAGUGCUUUGGUCCCAAGUUCCCCUAUCGCCAUGAGGCUCUUACUGGACAUCGUGGUAUUCUCGGUACAUUUUAUGUGCGGGAUGAUUACCGCCUGGAUCACCCACCACACCUCACACUUCCACAAUACUGUUGUGAGUGUCUUGUUGUCUUUCUCACGCCACUGGCACUCGCCGAGCAUUUACGUAAUGAUCAUCACGUGACGGCGAUUAAAGAUAAGGCUCAUUGUCUCACUUGUGGAAUUUAUGGUACCAUUGCUGAGAUGACAGUACAUCGAAUGGAUAAAUUAAAUCUUAAGGAAGUACACAAGUUUGAGGUGAUGGGACUGAAUGCCGCUAAAUAUCUUAAACGAUGUCCACAAUUACCACCAUGGCCACAAGAAGUGAAAUCGUAUAUUAUUCUUUAUCAAUGUCCUGUAUGUGUGUUGUUGUUUGUAAGUUGGGAUCUUGUAGAGCGGCAUAUGGCCACGACAGGUCAUUGUAAAGAUAUUCAUUUACUCGUCCGUGCACGUCCUGGACAUCGUGAGGGUGGAGAUGAAGUCCUCUCCGCAGAGGAAUUUGAAGUUUUGGUGGAUAAAGAUGAUCCCGAGAUGGCAGCUCUCAUAUGUGAAACUCUUCCUGAACCAAAUAGCACCAACCAAGAGGAAAAGAAGAAAAGGAAGAAGAAAGAUGAUAAGAAAGAUGAUAAGGAUAAGGAUAAUAAGGAUGAUGAUGAUGAUGAUCACUUGGUAGUGUUUCAGUGCCCAGAAGAAGAUUGUGCUCGUGUAUUCCUCACACAUGGGGAGUUGUUUGAACACAUGGAAAAAGAUGGACAUCAUCCCAUGGAACCGAAUGAGGAAAGAGAAAAGGAAGAAACUACAGAGGAACAUCAUUUAGAAGAGGAAGAAGGAUAUGAUGAAAAGAAAGAUACCUCAGAAGAAGAAGAAGAAAUAGUGCCUUCAUGGAAGUGGAAUGUCUCUGCCUAUGAAGUAGAGUGUUCGGCAAAGAAAUUAGUAAAAUAUUUUGGCUUCGUAAGAUGUCCACAUUGUCGCCGUAUACUCACAUCCGAUUCAGAGGAGUUAAUACAUAUGCAGAUGCAUCAUCCGGAGAAAUUGGCCCCGUUGGUUCCUUCCACAUCUUUACCCAAGCGGAGGCAAAGAUGCAUGAGUCAUUAA